AUGAAUCACCUACUGAAGCUGCCUCGGCUGGCUACCAGAGCCUUCAGCACAACAACCAAACAGAUGAAGAACAAGGUGCCAGAUCGUCAGAACCUAUUCCAGGCGGACAACGGCUUGCCAGUCCACAUCAAGGGAGGGACCACUGAUGUCCUUCUCUACCGGCUAACAAUGACCAUCACCCUCCGCAGGCACUGGAUAUCCUUAUUCUGGAUUCUACGUGCCUGUCAGCCCAAGGGCAAAUGA